AUCUCAGGCUGUCACUGAUCAGAGGUGGGUGGGAUUUUAGCCUUCCACGUACUCAGCUAGACAUAAAGUAUUUCACCAGACAAUGCACACUUGGCAUAGGGAGGCUGGGGGCCAUAACAAUGAAGCAUUUGAAAAGCGGGGGCAUCUCAUGAAUGCAUUGUGUUUUAAGAAGGCUAGGCAGCACUUUAUGCUGUUCCCAAAGUUGAGUGGUGGUCGCUCAAAGUGCAUGAUGCUGAGAGAGAAAGAAUAGUGAAAAUAAGCCUCGAGGUUACAAGAAACCUCACAGAAUAGGUUUUCAUGCUUUUCUCUUCCAUCCACACUUAAAUGGGAGUCUCAUUGAACUUUGUAGGUCUUUGAGUGAACAUGCAUAGGAUUGUGCUAUACGAAUUUUUAAUCCUACGCAAAGUUAUGUGGAUGUGCAGUAUGUCCUUUUGAAAGCCCUGGGACCUAGAAAAGUAUUAGGGUGCAGGACAGGGGCAUAAUCAAGAAAUGAGCUGCACAAGAGAGGGAAGUGUAUCCUGUUCUCUCACUCCCUGCACCCCAUAUUGUAUAUCCAUGUUAUACUUCUAUAAAUCGGAGGGUUGAAUUUGCUGCCGGGUUAGCUUGUGUUUAAGAAAGCACUGAAUUUUAGUCGUACUGUGAAUUUCCUUUUGUAUGUGUGAGUCAUUCAAAGUGCUUUAUAGUUUUCUUGGGAAGUUGGUGGUGCUUCCCUUUUCUAAGAAUUGGGAUGUUGAAACAGAAUCAAGGCUAGAGCGUGAAAGGCAAGCGGAGCUUUUGUAGUUUGGUGGUGUGUUGUGUGCAUCAGCGUAACCUUUUGCCUACUUUUCUGAGUCUGUCAUGUGAUCUUUCUUUGCUGUGGAGGAAGGGCGGGGUUUCAAGAAGUACGCUGCUUUGCAGAAGUGCCUUUCCGAUGACAUACUGCAUGACUCCAUAAAAUUAAAUCACCAGGGCUGAAUAAAACGGGGGGUGGGGAUGAGAGGCCGGACUGAAGAAAAGGCACAAGAAGGCACUAUUUUGGGAACUCGUUGUAAAUUCUAAAAAUGGCGGAAGCCCACCAGGCAGUUGCUUUUCAGUUUACUGUAACCCCAGAUGGAAUUGAUCUGCGUAUGAGCCAUGAAGCUCUCAGGCAGAUCUAUCUAUCUGGUCUCUACUCAUGGAAGAAGAAAUUCAUCAGAUUCAAGAAUGGCAUCAUCACAGGAGUCUAUCCUGCUAGUCCAUCCAGCUGGCUUAUUGUAGUAGUAGGAGUUAUGUCAACAAUGUAUGCCAAAAUAGAUCCUUCAUUGGGACUAAUAGCUAAAAUCAACCAGACCCUUGAUACGACAGGCUAUAUGUCCAACCAAACACAAGGUAUUGUCAGUGGGAUUCUUUUUGGUACGGGGCUCUGGGUGGCCCUUAUUUUCUCCAUGCGCUACACGCUAAAGAUGCUGCUUUCCUACCAUGGGUGGAUGUUUGCUGAACAUGGCAAACUUUCCACAGGAACCAAGAUCUGGAUGACACUAGUGAAGCUUUUCUCGGGUCGUAAACCAAUGCUGUACAGUUUCCAGACAUCUUUGCCACGUCUUCCUGUUCCUGCUAUUAAAGAUACCGUAAAUAGGUAUUUGGAAUCAGUUCGACCGCUUAUGAACGAUGAGGAAUUUAAAAGGAUGGAAGGCCUUGGCAAAGAUUUUGCACUUAAUCUAGGACCAAAGCUACAAUGGUACUUGAAACUGAAAUCCUGGUGGGCUACAAACUAUGUUAGUGAUUGGUGGGAAGAAUACAUUUACCUCCGAGGCCGUGGACCAAUUAUGGUGAACAGUAAUUAUUUUGCAAUGGAUUUCCUCUAUUUUACUCCUACCAGUGUACAGGCAGCUAGAGCUGGCAAUGCUAUCCAUUCCAUACUGCUAUACAGAAGAAAACUGGACAGACAACAAAUCCAGCCAAUUCUUCUGAUGGGAUCCACUGUUCCACUCUGCUCAGCACAAUGGGAGAGGAUGUUUAAUACAUCCCGUAUUCCUGGAGAGGAAACAGACACUAUCCAGCAUAUAAAAGACAGCAAGCACAUUGUUGUGUACCAUAAGGGAUGCUAUUACAAAGUAUGGCUGUACUAUGAUGGCAGACUGCUGAAACCCCGGGAGAUUGAACAGCAGAUGCAGCGGAUUCUAGAUGACAAAUCAGAGCCCCAGCCAGGGGAAGAGAAGUUAGCUGCUCUUACGGCAGGAGACAGAGUCCCUUGGGCUAAGGCACGCCAGACAUAUUUUGCCCGUGGAAAGAAUAAGCAGUCUUUGGAUGCUGUUGAAAAGGCAGCUUUCUUUGUGACGUUGGAUGACACUGCUCAGGGUUACAGGGAAGAUGAUCCAGUGACAUCAAUGGACACCUAUGCAAAGGCACUUCUACAUGGCAAAUGCUAUGACAGGUGGUUUGACAAGUCAUUCACUCUUGUAGUGUUUAAGAAUGCUAAAUUGGGCCUGAAUACAGAACAUUCUUGGGCAGAUGCUCCUAUUGUUGGCCAUCUUUGGGAGAAUGUGAUGUUCUCCGACUGUCUUGAGCUGGGCUACUCCGAAGAUGGCCAUUGCAAAGGAGAAGCUAUUUCAGGCAUUCCUAUGCCUACCAGACUGCAGUGGGAAAUCUCUGAAGAAUGCCAAGAAGUGAUUGAGAGGUCCCUGGCCGUGGCAAGGCCUCUAGCAGAGGAUGUGGAUUUUCAUUCCUUUCCUUUUGACACAUUUGGGAAAGGAUUGAUGAAGAAAACAAAGACGAGCCCUGAUGCAUUUGUGCAACUUGCCCUGCAGCUUGCUCAUUACCGGGACAUGGGGAAAUUCUGCUUAACAUAUGAAGCAUCGAUGACCCGCCUAUUUAGAGAAGGCAGAACAGAAACAGUUCGUUCAUGUACUGUCCAGUCAUGCAAAUUUGUGCAAGCUAUGGAUGAUCCAACUGAGAGUAUUGAAAAGAAGCGUGCUCUUUUCAAGGCUGCUGCUGAUAAUCAUCAGCACUUGUAUCGUCUUGCCAUGACUGGUUCCGGCAUAGAUCGCCACCUUUUCUGCCUUUAUGUGGUGUCCAAAUACCUCGCUGUUGAAUCUCCUUUCCUUAAGGAGGUUUUGGCAGAACCCUGGAGACUUUCAACCAGUCAGACACCCCAACAGCAUAUUGAUCUGAAUAAGAACCCUGAAAUGGAAUCCAGUGGUGGAGGGUUUGGACCUGUUGCUGAUGAUGGUUAUGGUGUCUCAUAUAUAAUUGUGGGUGAUAAUCUUAUCAAUUUCCAUGUAUCCAGCAAAUUUUCUUGCCCUGAAACAAAUUCCCAUCGUUUCGGAAAGAACAUCAAACAAGCAUUGUGUGACAUCCGUAACUUGUUCAGUCUUGGCAAAAAUUCAACCAAGUGAUUCUCUAACAGCAAGUCAACUAAACAUCCUGUGUUGGCAGUGAGAACUCUUCUGAUCAGUGGCUGAAAACAAGGCAGCUAUGCAGCAUCCAUUCAGUUAUAUAAAUAAGUAUUAUUGGAAGAAGUUCCAACAUCCAUUACUACAGUUGAUCAGAAGUUUUAUUCUCCCCAAGAUAUGACUUUAGGUAUUCUCUGUGUUAUUAGAAGAGCUGCAAACUGGCCACAAGUUAAGAUGUCUAGACCUGUCCUAAUUUGGUGUACAUUUGAUCAUUUCUUACUUUAAAAUCUCUCUACCUGUAUUCUAUAAAUGAAUGGAUGAAAAUAGUGCAUUCCAAUCUCAUGUCAACAAAAACCUGACUUGAAAAGUACCUGUAGCAAACCAUCAAUUGAUGUAACUGCUGGGGUUUUUUUAUAUCAGUAAGUGACAACUUUGGGCAUUCAUUUUAAAUAAAGGCAUUUCAUUAAGCUGAACAUAAAAUAAUAUUCUGGCAAACCUAAUGUAAUGCGCUAAGUGAAAAAAAUGUUUUGUUGCUUGGAACUAAGCUUAUAUUGCCAUAGGUCACUGAUGAAAUAUUUGCUCUACCUUCAACUACGACAAUUGAA